UAGAAGACAUUCGUCAUUGCAAAUUGCAAUUCAGAUAAAUGAAAACAGAUUGUCUAUAAUAAUGUGCUUGAACAUUUUUGUACAUUGAAUUGAGAGCGUAUAUUAAAAAGGCUCACAAUGGAAACCAAAGCUGCCAAACUUAUAUUACCUUCCCCGGAUAGCUCCAGUUCAACUUCCAGUAACAAAAUGAAUUACGCAUUGCAAGUAGCGUUGCAGACAAUGAAAGAGCGAUGCAUACAGUUGCAACGACGCGUGUCCAACAUGGAGGAGGAGAACCAGCGUCUGCGUGAGGCCACCAUUGGGUCUGCGUCCCCCAAUAACAGUAAUCAGGAAAAAACAGAUUGCGGUGACGAUGCUAUAUCGCUUCGUUCCCGUUUAGAUGAACUUCAACGCCAAAAAGAGCAGCUUGAGGAUCAAAUUUACAUGGUGUCGCAUGAGAAUCGCAGGCUUUGGUCGCACCUUUCGAAAAUAUCCAAGGACCAGCCACAAGUAACGAAUGACGACGAAGUAACGAUUACGUCUCAUACUGUUGGCGCGGGGUCAGUUUCUAUUGGUGCCAAUCAAAACCUGAUUCGUUCUAAAACAUUUACUCAGCAUUCGCCAAAUCCACGCUUGCGUCAAAAGAUGAUAAGUGAAGUCAGUCUUGAAGAGAUUCCACUAGACGAAUUUGGUUCUAGUGAGGUGGAACUAGGUUAUCCGUGUGGAAUGAAUGUAGAAGGUGAAAAUACUAUUAAUGACCUGGAUGCCAAUGUCGAUGCUAAGCAGUGCAUGGAUGGCCUGCAGGACUUGCGGCGUGAAGCCAUGAAGCAGCAAGAAGAGCUAAAUUCAGCGCUUAGAAAACUAGAAACGCGUAUCGCUGGUUAUCCCUGUCCUGAGUGCGCUCAAAAGAAUGUAAACAGGCCUGAAAUGGCAGAUAAAAGUUUGGAAACGGAAGAGCGCAGUGAGCCCAAACGAAAUGUCAACGUAAACGCAACAGGUGAAACAUUUAACGGGCAUGCAAACACAUCGCCCUUGCUGUCGCCCCACUUCAACACCAUACAAGAAAAGCUUAAGGCUGACAUCAUAGACAAGACGUGCCCCAUGUGUGGCAAACUAUACUCUAGCCAAGUUUCCUUUAAGGCAUUUCAGGAGCAUGUCGAAAUGCACUUUAUAGACGACACGCUGGAUGUGGACGGCAGCAUGGAACGGCAGUUCGAGUUCAUUUCGCAUGCAGUGGGGGAUUUCUGACCAAACAAACUUAUCUACUUUGCCACGGAACUCUAACAGCGACAAAUAUAAUUUGUUUUAUUAUGUAACACUGCAAUUGGCAUUGUAGACGGUAUUGCAGUUAAACAACAGUUGGGCGCAGCUGCGAUCGUUUAACGUGUUAAUAUAGACUAAGAAGGCAAAUAUCAAAAAUUGAUUGUUAAAUUGAUGUUUUUGGAUUUAGAACGGAAAUUUAAAUAUAGUAUUAAUGUAUAUCUAAUUAUGGUUAAUAUAUCUUUAAAAUAUUGGAA